GGUCUUUUGUCGGUCAGCUUCUCAUGUCUGUGUUAUUCUCAGGUCUGUGUUUCAUUCCCAGUGUUUUUCCACUCACCUGUGUUCCUUUGUAGCUCCGCCCCUUCGUCCCAGGUGUUUCCUGUUCCCUGUGUGUGUGCACCUCUAUUUAAGGUCCGUGUUCCAUUUCCCCGGUGUCGAUCCUUGUACGUUUAUCGUCUGUCAGUGCUCCAUGUUUUCCCGAGUUUCCUCAGUCCUGUUUUCAGUUUAGUCCCAGUGUAUUUUGUAUUUGUUUUCUGUAAUAAAUCCCUUUUUGUUUGCAUUUGCGUCCGCCUCCGCGUCCUCCCUGCACCCUCACCUGACAGAACCACACUACUGGUGUUUUCCUGAACAGAGGCUUUACCACACCUCCGCUCUCAGUCAUGGCUUCAUCUAUCCCCAUCCUGUCUGAAGACCAGUUGCUGUGCUCUAUCUGUCUGGACGUGUUCACUGAUCCAGUCUCUACUCCAUGUGGACACAACUUCUGUAAAUCCUGCCUUACAGGACACUGGGAUAACAGUGACCGCUGGAAGUGUCCACUGUGUAACAAGAUUUUCGAGAACAGGCCAGAUCUAUCUGUCAACACUUUCAUCUCUGAAACAGCAACUCUGUUCAAAAAAUCGGUUGAAAUGAAAGCUAAAAAAGCUGCAGAGGAAAAUCCCAACAACCCAACUAAAGUGACAUGUGAUGCUUGUACUGGUCCUAAAAUGAAAUCUGUGAAAAUGUGUCUUAAUUGUGGAAUAUCUUACUGUGAGACUCACUUAGAGCCUCAUAAAAAUAUCCCAAUACUCAAGAAACACACACUCAUCGAUCCAGUGGAGAACCUGGUGGACUAUAUCUGCAAGAAACAUGAGAAACCCCUGGAGCUGUUCUGUAGAGAUGAUCAGACAUGUGUGUGCCUGCUUUGCACUGUGACCGACCACAAGACUCACAACACUGUUCCUAUAGAGGAGGAGAGUGAAGAAAUGAAGACUCACAUGAAGAAAACCCAGACAGAUCUGCAGAAAAUGAUCCAGCACAGAUUAGAGAAGACUGAGAAGAUCAAAGAGUCAUUGGAGCUCAGCAAAAAAAGCACAGAGGAUGAAACUGCAGGUGGUGUUGAAGUCUUCACUGAUCUGGUACGCUCCAUAGAGAGAAGUCAGGCUGAGCUGCUUAAGUCAAUGGAGGAGAAGCGGAAAGCAGCAGAGAGGCAGGCUGAAGAGUUCAUUAAAGAUCUGGAGCAGGAAAUCACUGAGCUAAAGAGGAGAGACACUGAGCUGGAGCAGCUCUCACACACUGAGGAUCACCUCCACCUCCUACAGGUUUACCCAUCCCUGUGCAGACCCCCACACACCACCAACUGGACUGAUAUCAGCCUUACAACUCAUUCCAGUGUGGAGAUUCUGAGGACCUCUCUUUCACAGCUUCAGAAAACCCUAAACAAGGAAUUUGAUAAAGAACUGCAAAAACUAAAACGAAGAAGUCAAAAGAAAGCAGCUGGAGCAGGAGCUGUUAACUGGCUUAUGAAGAACUGGAUGAUGGUCCUGUCACUUCUACCAUUAUUCACAUUGAUUUUCAUUUUCCUGACAGGGAAUAUUGCAUUAUCAUUCUAUACAGUGGACGUGACUCUGGAUCCUGAUACAGCUCAUCCCAAACUCAUCCUGUCUGAUGAUGGAAAACAAGUGAGAUAUGGAUACUCAAACCAAAAUCGUCCUUACAACCCAAAAAGAUUUGAUUAUUCUUCUGCUGUUCUGGGAAAAAAAGGAUACUCCUCAGGAAGAUUUUACUAUGAGGUGCAGGUCAGAGGGACAACUAAUUGGUUUUUAGGAGUGGCCAGAGAAUCCGUUAACAGGAAGGCGAAGAUUACACUGAAACCACAGAAUGGAUUCUGGACUGUGUGGCUGAGGAAUGGGAAUGAGUAUUAUGCUGCUGCUGGUCCAUCAGUCCUCCUCUCUCUGAGAGAGAAUCUCCAGAAGGUGGGGGUGUUUGUGGAUUAUGAGGAGGGUCUGGUCUCCUUUUAUGAUGUGGAGGCCGGGUCUCAUAUCUACUCUUUUACUGGUCAGUCUUUCACUGAGAAACUCUAUCCAUUCUUCAGUCCUGGUCAUGGAAACACACCACUAAUCAUGUCUAAUUGAUUUAAAGAAGAAAGAGAAGAAACCUUGAGAGAAACUAAGCCUAAUAAUAUAGAAAUAGCAGAAAUGUCAAUGUGUCUCAAACUUUCAACUUCCAACAUUAAUUGUGGAUGUGGGCUGAGCAUUCUGUCCAUAGUCUGAGUUAAUUUAGUUAACCCCUAAACUUUGCUUAACUUGAGAAUCGAGGCAAGUGGCCCCGCAAUAAUUGUUGUCUUUGCUGUCGUGCACUCUGUCCAUCUGGUUUAUGAAACACGCUCUAAGAAGGUGGGGGCCGGGGUUAUGGGGGCGAGUAACACAAAAGUAACGCAAUAGUUACUUUUACUGGUAACUAGUUAUUUUUAUAGUGGAGUAACUCAGUUAGUUACUUUUUUGGAGAAGUAACUAGUAACUGUAACUAAUUACUUUUUCAAAGUAACGUGCCCAACACUGUCAAUGUCUGAGUUAAUUUAGUCCCUAUUUAAGAAUGUUUUAUGAAGAUUACAUAUAUUAAUAGGAAGGAGCAGUACCACUGGAACUUGUGGGGUCAGUGUGCCCAAAUGUUACAGCAGAAAAAGACGACUGCCAUAUGACGAAGAAGAAACUUUGGCAGAAAAAGAACUUAUGGUGGAACUUUUACACCACAUUUAUUUAACCUGCUGUCUUUGUAAUUAUUUUGUCUUUGUUUGUAGUAAAUACUUUUACAUCACCUCAUCCACUGUUGCUAUCUUGUUUCAUACAUUGUUACUUUUGUUUCACAACUGUAUGUAUUGGCAAACAUCUAAGCCAUCAUAAAUGAUGCACAGAAUGAUGCAAAUUUUAAAACUUAACUUAGCCUUACGUGUACUGAAACAGAAAGAGGUGCAGGAUACAACCUGUGUGGAAGCAUGGGUUUUCU